AAUGCCCGCUCACGAAACACCAAAGCUCGGCUCACUUCCUCCUUCCCGAAGCGCUCGGUCAAAGUGCUGGACAGCACGCGACGCCUACUUUGCAUGUCUGGACUCUCAUAACCUCUGGCUUCAAGGUCUGGGGCCGAGGACCCACGAAGAGAUCAUUGCUGUUGACCCACAACGACUGGUUGUGAGUUCAGAGAGUGACAAGUCUUUGACAAAGGAGGAGAGGAAGAGACUAUUCGCCUGUCGGGAUAUGAAGGAGAUGUUUGACAGGGAGUGCUUACCAUCUUGGGUAAAUCACUUUGGUCUAUUACGAGUAAAAGACCUUCAAACGGAAUACUUGAAAAAGAAGGUGGAUAAGGAUGAAAGAGAGCGAGAAACAUCAGAUGAUGCUUUUUGGGAAAAAGUAUCGGCGAAGCCUCGGCAAACAUAAGACUUUUUAUUUAAUUAUUAUCUGAGUUCUGCAUUGCAUCAAAUGUUGAGACUGCUUCAUCAUUCUUCUACUCAUUAUGGCUCAUUGUUGCAAAGAUCCUGGAAUGUGCAAUCAAACAAGUCUUACCACCAAUCCGAGAUUCGUCCAAGGAACAAAUUCAAUGGACAUAAAUCCAGCUCCGUUAGCAUUAGAUUACGAUUUCCUUACGGCUAUAUUCACAGCAACUUGGCCAAAGUGUAUGGACCGGACGUUGAGGUCCUUUGUGGGACGGAACUGUCAAAAUAAUCUUUUCGACUUUCCUCUGUGGGUUUGCUCUGUCGGUUGAGGUGUCCUAGUUGUCGAGAGUAAGCACAAGGCUGAUGGACAGCUUCGAGUGGGGUCAAUGGGUCGUCACUUGGCAAAGUCCAGGAAGCUUCACUUGACUUGUAGGUCAGCACUAGUCAGUAUGAAGAUUGAAGAUAAAGAUCUACUCGCAAUGUUAUGUUAUCUGCAGAAUCAAGUACACUGCCUAGUGCACUUUCUAAGCUGAUCAUACGCGGUACACAUGAAGAGCUUUCAAUUUGAAUUCGGCUUGCUCUUCUGUCUCUUCUUUCGCUUCUUCCUCUCAGGGUCUACUGCAGGCCGCGAAGAUUCCGUUCCUUUCUUAGCUCCCACCUCCGCCAGUCUAACUUCGGCAUUAGAGAU